AUGUUUCCGUUAAGUUUUAUUGAUGUUGGCAACCCGUUACCGGCCUAUAUGAUGUCUUCUUCUUUGUCAGCCAUGGAUGCCAUUUCACCCACAGCCGCAGCUGCCAUAGCUCUUGGCGCUGUCUCAGCAACAACAACAACAACGUCAAUCGGCAGUAGUAGUGGUGGUGCUGGUGUCAGUCGUAAUAUUGCCUCCCUAUCCUCAUCAUCCACCACCUCCCUGGCAGAUAAUGUUACCCGCAUUGCCUUGCUGGGCAAUGAUGCGGCGGCAAAUGAUUCUGCCAAUAGUUUUGUACCAUCGAUACAACGUCCCGAAACGAUUGUCGUUGCCAUACUCUUCACGCUCAUCUUUAUUGUUGGUGUUUUGGGUAAUGGUACAUUAGUGAUAAUAUUCUUUCGCCAUCGUUCAAUGCGUAACAUUCCAAAUACUUACAUUCUAUCUCUGGCCUUGGCCGAUCUCUUAGUUAUAAUCGUUUGUGUUCCAUUGGCCAUAUUGGUGUACACCCAGGACAGUUGGACCUUUGGCAAGAGUAUGUGUCAAAUAACGGAAUUCUUCAAAGAUGUGUCAAUUGGUGUGUCAGUGUUCACCCUCACGGCAUUGUCGGGUGAACGUUAUUGUGCCAUUGUCAAUCCAUUGCGUAAAUUACAGACAAAACCAUUGACUGUCAUAACGGCAACAAUGAUUUGGCUAUUGGCCAUUAUUUUUGCCACACCCUCACUGGUAAUGUCCACCCUGCAGUACAUCGAAAUCAAUACGAAUCUGACAAUAAUUGUCUGUUCGCCAUUCGGUGAGGAACGGCCCAAUUUGGAGGUCUAUACCAGAUAUGUGGUGGUGACAAAGGCCUUUGUCUACUACAUCCUGCCACUGUUUAUAAUUGGAGUUCUGUAUCUGAUGAUGGCGCAGCGUUUGCAUGUCAGUGCCCGUGAAAUGCCCGGCGAAACAUUGAGCAUGCAAAGUCGUUCACAAGUUCGGGCACGACGUUAUGUGGCCCGCAUGGUUGUGGCAUUUGUGGUGGUGUUUUUUAUUUGUUUCUUUCCCUAUCAUUUGUUUGAAUUAUGGUUCCAUUUGAAUCCAACUAGCCGUGAUGAUUUCGAUGAAUUCUGGCAUACCAUUCGUAUUAUUGGCUUUUGCACAUACUUUCUCAAUUCCUGUGUCAAUCCCGUGGCAUUGUAUUGUGUAUCUGGAGCAUUUCGAGCCCAUUUCAAUCAAUAUCUCUGCUGUUGGUGUGUUAAACGACAAACACGCAUACGUCAGCAUUCCACCGCCACCGGUAUGAUGGACACCAGUAUUGUUAAUAUGUCAAUGCGUUCCACGAACAACUAUAAUCGGGCCUCAGUACAUUUGAAUAAUUCGAAUUCGUGUGCGGUGAAUGGCACAAAUGGUGGUGGGCGGCUAACCAGCAACAGCUAUCGGCGACAGACAUCAAUGCAUCACCACCAUCAGCAGCAGCAACAAUUACAGCAUCAUCAUCAGCAUAAUAAUGCUGAGGCACGAUUGUCGGCAACACCACCAACAGCUUUGGUCCAGAGUGGAGUGAUACUAAGCGGUGACAAAAGGGCAAUAGAUGCAGAGAUCACAAGUCCGGGUAAUGAACUUCUGUUCGGUGGUGGUGUUAAUUCAUUUUAA